AUGUCCUUGUCGUCGUCCAAGGCCGAGCGACUGGCCAAACGGCUAGCCGACCACGGUCGCCAUCUGUUUGUCUACCACCAAAUAUGGACCAACCAGGUCGUCUACUCACUGGAGCGAUCCAUGAACAACAACCAAGUCCUCAAGCAGCUCACCUUUGCUGGAAAGAAGACCCUUCCCUCGGCUCUGCGCAAGGACAUGUGGCGCCCGCUGUUCACUGCCACCUUCCCCUCGCCGUCACAAGGUCUGGCCGCCUUCCGAAAACUGCGCGAGCUCCGUAUGCUGCACGAACACAAUUGGGAACACCCCGACCCGAACGCCCGCAAGCUACCUGUAAAGAAGGAGCGUGGACGUCUUAUCAUGGAUCAAAAGGCCAACUCGAUCGCCGAUCUUGCCUGGGUAUUGCGCGGACAGGAAGAGCUGGGUGUGAAAAUGGCAGAGAAACACGAAGCAAACCAACAUCGCAUUCGUGAGGAACUGUUGGCAUUGUCAAAGGAAGCCGAGGAGGGUGGUGUGCAGCUGCUCGAGCAAACCCUCGCAGAUCAGCAGGCCACUAUCGACAGUAUGAAGCAAAUGCAGCAGCAGGGCGGUCCUGACGCUCCCUCGCGUAAGCAGAUUGGUGAGGCUAUCCUCGCCUCGAAGCAGAUGCGACUCAGGCUCGAGAAGAUGCGCGCUGCUAGCCAGGCCAUCGAGGACGCCAAGAACAAGGCUCAGACACAAUAUGAGUCCGACGACGCCCGUGGCAGGGCUCCGGAUGCCAUCUCUCUGGUCAUCGAGCCCCCGCGUAUCUUCUCUCAUCCUCCGCCUGAGCUCAGUCCAAAGUCAAAGAAGUCAAAGUCAAGCGAGCAGGUACCCUUGUACACCACUGAGGGUGUCAUCAUCCGAUGGACCAACCCUCUAGAUGCCGAAUUCGCUGCCGAAUGGCCUGCGGCCGUCCAGCACGAGUUUGCUGGUUUGGCUCGCCACACCGCCGCCCCGAUCGAUCAGGAGCCUGCUUUCUCCGUUGAAGAUAUGAUCCAGCGCAACAUCAGUCACAAAUAUACGGCAAUGCGCGAUGCCCGCCAAGGCCAGGUCGAAGAGAUUGGCGAGGGUGUCGAGGAGAUCGAUGCCGCCGACUACGAGCAAUUGACGGAGAAGUCUGCCGACGGUCUUGGCCCCGCUCGCCAGUAG